GAACAACUCGCUCCCUCUCGUUCAGUGCCCGAGAGAGGACUAGGACUGCUCACAGCCUGGGAACCCGGCGUUCCCGAGUGCGGCGACCACCGCUAGCCAAGCACAACUGAGAUGACUCUCACACUGUUUCUUUCUGUUGUUUUGCUACAUUUUCUCCAACAAGGGAGCACGAGCAAGAAACUACCUGAAGUUGAGCAAUAUGAAAUAGUUUAUCCACGGAAACUGCACACAGUACAUAAAAGAGACGUAGAGAGAAAUAAAGAGACCAAAUAUGAUGACACAAUGGAGUAUGGAAUCAAAGCCAAUGGAGAGGAAGUCAUACUGCAUUUACAAAAAAAUAAGCACCUAUUGGCUAGAGACUACACUGAAACAGUUUAUUCUGAUGACGGUCAACAAAUAACCACAAGUCCUCAGAUCAAGGAUCACUGUUAUUAUGAAGGUUACAUUCAGAAUGAUGCUGAUUCCAUAGCGAGCAUCAGUGCUUGCAAUGGCCUAAGUGGAUAUUUUGAGACCCGUGGUCAGAAGUACCUCAUUGAACCCUUGGGAACCUCAGACAGAGACGAACAUGCGGUCUACAAGUAUGAGAAACUCAAACAGAAGUCCAUCAAAACCUGUGGUCUAGUCAAUAAUACCUGGGAAGAAGAUUCAAAUGACCCCAUUGAUCACAUCUUCAAAUCCAGCAACAGCCCAGAAAUGAAAGCAUACCUGAAAGCAAAAAAGUAUCUGGAAGUCUACAUAGUUGCAGACAACAGUCUGUAUAAGAAGUAUGACGAAAACGUGAAAACUAUAAGACAAAGGAUAUUUGGAAUAGUCAAUUACAUCAACACGGUUUAUAAGGCCAUAAACAUCUAUGUGGCUUUAAUAGGCCUGGAAAUCUGGACAGACGGUGACAAAUGCCUCCUGAGCCACGCGGCAGGAUUCACACUGGACAGUUUCUCAAAGUGGAGGCUCUCAGAUUUGUUAAAGAGGAAAAGAAAUGACAAUGCUCAGCUGAUCACAGGCUAUGACUUUGAGGGGACAACGAUUGGAUUAGCCUUUCUAAAAUCCAUCUGCAGUGAUAUAUAUUCUGCAGGUAUUAUUCAGGAUCAUAACAGAAAUGAAAUUGCAGUUGCAGCGACCAUGGCACACGAGAUGGGACACAACCUUGGCAUGAGUCAUGACACCAAAGCCUGCACAUGCAGUGCUGAAGUUUGUAUCAUGACAGACACUGUCAGUUCCAUCAUCCCCAAGAAAUUCAGCUCUUGCAGCCUCCAAAGUUUUGAGAAAUACAUGCUGAGUGACAUGCCCAAAUGCUUAACUAACAUCCCAGAUAAAAACAGCAUCAUAGCACCUCCAUCCUGUGGGAAUGGCUUUGUGGAGAAAGGAGAGGAAUGCGACUGUGGUACUCCUGAGGAGUGCACAAAUGAGUGCUGCCACGCCGAGUCAUGCAAACUGACAGCAGGUUCCACGUGUGCACAUGGAGAGUGCUGUGAAAACUGCCAGUAUAAGAAAUCAGGAGCUAUCUGCAGAGCAGUUAAGCAUGACUGUGACCUGGCUGAGAUGUGCACUGGCUUCUCUGAACACUGCCCAGCGGAUCGAUUCCGUGUGAAUGGAUAUCCCUGCAACAAUGGCGAGGGCUACUGCUACAUGGGACACUGUCCCACCCGGGAAAACCAGUGCAAAGCUGCUUUUGGAUCAGAGGCCACUGACGGUGCAGCGUCCUGUUACCGAAUGAACGAGAAAGGGGUAUAUUAUGGAUACUGCGGAAAAGAAAAAGGUAGUCACGUCCCAUGUAAAAAAAAAGAUAUAAUGUGUGGGAAGUUGUUCUGUGCUGGAGGGAAUGAGAUGCCUCGCGAUGGGAGCCUGGUGACUUUUGAGUCCUGCAAAGCAAGUUUUCCUAGAAAUGGAGAACCAGACCAAGGGAUGAUUCUCAAUGGAACUAAGUGCGGGAAUGGGAUGGUGUGCAGCAAUGGAGAAUGUGUCUACAUUGAAGAUGUCUUUAGAUCAACCAACUGCUCUGCCAAGUGUCCCGGACAUGCUGUGUGUGACCACGAGCUGCAAUGCCAGUGUGAGGAAGGAUGGGCACCACCAACCUGUGACAGCUCCUCAGCAGUUACCAGUUUUGCUAUAGUUGCUGGUGUGCUGGUUGUCCUUGCUGUCACAGCAACAGGAGCAGUGUUCCUUAUCCGUUUCCGAGUGUUCAAGAAAAGCUGCCAGACCAGAAGGGGACCUGGAGCCACAAACCAAGUCUUUGCAGAUCAAGAACAACGACACAGAGAACACCCUGUCCUGGCUGUACCUGCCCAGAAGAUGAACGAUAAGAAACUUCUCCUUCCUGUACCUCCACUGCAAGAGAACAAACCACACCUCCAGAUCCCUGCCAAAAGGCCAAGAGGUCCCCCACCUCCUGUUCCUUCUAUGAAACCAGCCUCUUUUCACACUGAAGAGAUCUUUGCACCAGAGAGAAAACCGGCUCAUCUUCCAGUUCCCAAAGGCAAACCUCCACCUCCACCAAAGGCUUUAAAACCUCCAAUUAACCCCAGAGUAUGAAGCUUCUGAAGUUGGGCUGAUCGAGAUACCUGAAAUUCUCAGGGGCAAGUUUUUUGUCCCUUCAUUCCUCCACUUCUGGCAAAGACAAACAAGAAUGUCUUCCUGUUCUCUUUAAUAGAAGAACAACUGACUGACAGCUUUGAAAGAACAGGUCUGGUUUGCAAAGAGCAAGGAACUCUUUGGUGAUGACACCAAGCUACUGUCCAAAAGGAAACGGAAGCAGAAUCGCUACUUGCACUGAGGUGUAGACUGGGAGUAAGUUAUGAAAGCUGCUUAGCACAUUCUAACUCCUAGGCCACCGCUGCAAGAUGUGGCUGCACUGGGAUGCUCUGCACCUACACAGCUUUCCUGGGUACAGACCUGAGAAGAUCAGGGAAGUAUAGAUACUCCAGGCUUGUAAAUUGUAAACUCUUUGCUCCAUUUCUGGAUCUUUACAGCCUGCUUUUCAGCAUCAGACCAGACCUUGUCCUUCAAGUGCAAGUUGCAAGUUCUGAGAAAAGAAAAAUCCCUCUUGCCCUCUUCGGAGAAUAGUUUGUGUCCUCAAACCUGAACUAGCCUUGGAAUAAUGAGAUUAUGCACUGGAAACGCACUGAUUCUGGAAAGAUCCUUUUGGAUUGAAUUCUUUUAUUAAUCCCUUAGAUUACCUGUGAAACAAGAUUCCUCUGUUAAGUAGGUAGAGCUGGAGACGUGCUCCAAAGCAAAGCACGCAGGAGUCAAACCACUUGCUGCUUGCAAGUGCUCCCAGCGUUCUGGCUGUGCCAGUUGAAAAAGAGCUCCAGCUGCCACCACUGCACUUGGACAGAAGGGUUUAGAAAAGCAGAGUCAACAAACUCCUUCAUCAUUGAGUUCAUUUGCCCCUCGGCUCCAGAAAUAUCUGAGUAUUUCUCCCUUCCAGGAUAUACACACCUUGGUGUUCUCGUCUAAUUGCUCUUGUGCCAGUGUGUGUUAUUGUAAAGUUGCUAAUGAGAACCAGGCUGGGCACGGGGGAUUGUUAUUAUGGGACAGCAUCACAGCAUGAGUCUUUGCAUGAGGGUUUAUGACUGAGAGGUUCUUCAUUCGUUCACUCCUGUUGGCAUCAACACUGUUGACAGUAUUGGUCUGCUGGCAUAGAUGUGCACGAUACUGUUGGCAUUGAUGUUAAUGAUACUGUGAGGGUGCUGGCACUGAUGCUAUUGUUACCCUUGGCACUGAUGAUAUUCAUCAGUGGUUGGCAUCAAGAGUUUUAAGUUUAAGCACACAGAAGUGUUUUUCAAGGAAUAAAAAAUUUUACCAGGAAAAAAAAGAAAAAGAAAUAAAAGAGAAAAAUAAAAUUGCCCUGGACCAAAAGUGCUCCAGAUUUUAUAGACAUUCCAGUUUGAACUGGAUUUGGGUUUGGAUCAGGAUCAAAAUCAGAACACAGAUCCAAAUCAAUUACAGGGUGGCUCAGGAAGGCAGUUUCCAGCCCUUGGGCGUAGUGGCUUUGCUGGAGAAGAUCACUUUGACUGCCAAACUGCCAAAGCAGACCUGGGGCCCUGGGCCAGCACUGCACACACCAAUCUUGACCUGUGCCUGGUUCUCACCAGGGCCUACCAGCCCAAUCCUUAGAGGACCUGACACUUUCUACAAGUUCACAGACCAGCUCUCACCUGCUGAAACCCUGAUCCACAUCAUCCUGUUCAGAUACUGAACACACAACUGUACAGCUACGUUUCAAAUGCAGAGCCCUGCUAUGUACGGUCACUGUUACUGCAGCCACACGCUGCAGAUCCAUCAUCUCCAAUACCAAAAUGAAUAUUAAAACCCCCAAUUUCUUCUUCUGGGCUUGCUUUGCCCAGAUUGCUUUGAGGUUGCCAAACAAGUACUGUAUGUGCUGCAAAACACUGAUGUGGUGAAAUUACAGCUUGAGGAGUGAGGUGGGUCUUUGUGGUUUAGGAUAAAUCUUAUUGGAAGAGUAUAGCUUUCUUCCACGUUAGAUAAAUGCUUCUUUAUUUGAGUCAGAAAUGGAUUUUAGUCUGUCUGUAUUUGACUAUGGUGUAAAGAUUCAGAACUUAUUUUUUAUGGACUGUAAUUAAGGUAUUUACAAAGAUUUCUGUAUUAAAAGUAUUCUAUCUA